GUUCUCUAAAUGAUUUUAAACGUUUCGUUGUUGUGAUUGUUAUGAUGUUAGCAUAAUAUUUGGUAAAUAUUUACCGCUUUUAUUUCUUUCAACAGAAGUUUAGCAUUGAGAUGAAUAAAUUGCUUCAAUACCCUCUUUUGAUUUUAUUUGCAUUUUCACUUUAUUUGUUGUCAACAAACUUUUAUUUUAAAAAUUUUUCUUAUCAAGUCUAUCAAACGCAAAUAGCUCACAAACUUGGUAAUAUAUCAAGAACUCUAACGGAAAAAAAUUCUAACUUGGGAUGUCUAAGAGAGCGUUUUAAAACAACGCUUCUCAUUAUUGUCUACAACUCUCCCAUUUACGACAACAUUUGGUUACUUCAAGACUUGUACGGUAAGCUUUUCACAAAGAUUAUUUUUUGUGGACCGGAACACCCAUCGGCGCCUAACUUUAUAUUAAAAACUGUUACGUACAAAGGGUUUUUUACCUAUGAAGAGUGUGCUGGCCGGACAAUAAAUAUUUAUCAUAACUAUACUGGAUAUUUACUAAUAAACGAUGACCUUUUUUUUAACAUUUUAAAUAUAAAAAAUUUUAGUUUAUCAAUGAUAUGGGAAGGUCCCAUUCCGAUUGCUCCAAAAAAUCCUAAUAUAAAACUAACAGGUUGGAAGUGGGACGAUCCUUGGGGCUUAAACAGCUGUGUUAAAGCAUUAGACAAAUCAAUUUCUUUCAACUUUACAAACCUUCAAAAAGAAAAACCAUAUUUUUUUAAAAUUGUUUCUGGGCAACAUAUUUGUUAUGGUGCGAGGGCAGAUAUUUAUUAUAUACCGGACAAAAUGGCGGCAAACUUUAGCAAACUUGCAAAAAUAUUUAAAGAAGAAAAUGUGUUUUUAGAAAUUGCUAUGCCAACUAUAAUAAGACUGCUUACAAUUGACGUCGAAAGGUUAAAUGGUAUAUACAUGCCAGACGGCGUUACCGAAAGUAAAGCAGUUAUAAAUUCGUUCAGUUCAGAUUUAGAUUUUAUACAUCCUUUAAAACUGUCUUAUGGUGCAAGAUCUGCAGAAAACUUUGUUUUUUUAAAAUACUACUCACUUCUUACAUCUGCCCUUAUUAAAUGUUGAUAGUUUUCAUUUAUAAAGUUAUAACUACUAUAACGUAUUGCAUACUUAAAAUGUCAUCUUUUUAUAUAAAAAAUUAUUUGAUAUCUCUUUUUCAUCCUGAUGAAAUUAUUGUUAAAUUUUGUAUCAAU